AUGGUCACAUGGGCCGAGGGCCUCUACGAUGUGGACUUGGCCUACGACUGGGUGGAAUUCUUCGCUGGCCGUGCUAAUUGCACGAGCGCAGCUCGUGUUCGUGGUGCCUCUGGCCUGAAGCUGGAUAUCGAGUACGGGAACCGUGGUAAGAAGAAGAGCAACGGUAAGAAGUGCAAAUCUGAUUACAUGGACAUAAACUCGUGCUCUGGAUUCUGUUUGGCCAUCAUUUGCUUGCUGAACUGUCGCAAGAAUGACUUCGUGGCUUGGUUCGGAUUGAAGUGCUCAAGUUGGUGUGGGAUGAACCGUGCUACUUCUGGGAGAAGUCCUUCUUCCAGUACUGGCUACAGCCAUGCACCCACAGUUCAAGCUGGAAACCGUAUGCUCGAGAGGGUCUAUUUGCUAUGCCUUCUGGUGGUAGCUCUGGGAGGGUGUUACAUUCUGGAGCAACCAGCUGGAUCCGCAGUCGAAUAUUACCCCUCUUGGCGACGACUGUGCACGAGCCUCAUCAGCAUCGACGGAACGGCAGCGGUAAACCGGGUCGGCUGGUACAUGGGUGCAUUCUUUGCAAGGACAUUGAAGAGACAGUAUGCCUACAGCAAUUCGCCCAAGAUCCGGCUCAUCAACAGGAGCCCACUGCAGGUAUCUGCAAAAAUGAGAACCCGGCCCACAAAGUACUACGUCGACAAGAAUGGCAAGAAGCGCUUCCUUGGACUAAAACAACUGAAGGACACUGAGAACCUCGAACCGCAUGGAUGGUUUUGUUGGUGUAGUACUACAUAG